GUGAAAGCCAAUAGCCCCCAGGUCGGUCAGGCUUUUCAGAUCGGCCAGCGAGCGUUCAGCUUCACUGCUGAUGGUGCCGGCGUUCGGGCAUGUUUAGCAACCGAGAUGCGUUUCAAGAAGCGCUCUGUGUGCCCUCUUCCGGAUGCGAGCACAGUCAAAAGCUCCUCAAUGCUCAUCUUCCGAGUAGCGUAGGUGCAAUCAGGUUUCCUACUUACGUCCCCUCACCAUGCUCCUCUGCUCUCUCCUCUUCGUCGCUGUCACGGCGGCGGCACCAACGAGUCCACUUGUCGUUCACGAGAAGCGUGAGCUGCCAUCGUUGGGCACCGUCAAAGGCAGCCGAGUUGCCUCCGAUGCAAUCUUGCCAGUCCGCAUCGCUCUUACCCAAAGUCAUCUCCAUGAAGGUUACAACCAUCUGAUGCGCGUUUCACACCCGCACUCUCCCAGCUAUGGUCAGUACUGGACGAUUGAUGAGAUUCAUGCAGAAUUCGCACCCAGCGACGAAGCGGUUGAGGCCGUCAAGGCCUGGCUUGAAGAUGCGGGACUCGAUCGCGGGGGAGUCGCCCAGUCGGCAAGUCGGGGUUGGCUUGCUGUCGAUAUGUCCGCUAGAGAUGCAGAGCGUAUCUUCCAGACCGAGUAUUACGAGCACGUGGAUGCGCAUGGCAACGUAAGGGUGGGGUGUGACAAAUACCAUCUUCCCUCACAUCUGUCCCAUCACAUCGACCACGUUAAACCAGGUGUCACUCUCUCUGGACCAUUAUCGAAAGUCGUGACGGAGACUAUGAAGUUGCCUCACUUUCCACGCGCCGCAGAUACCUCCCCUAAGCCACCCCCCAACAUAUCUGCCACCAGUCUGACUGAUUGCGGGACAUGGAUCACUCCUGCCUGUAUCAAAGCCUUAUACAAUAUCCCCGAUGCUGCGCUCAACCACCCAAACAACACGUUGGGCGUAUUCGAGUACGGCACUCCUUACAACCAACUGGACCUCGAUCUGUUCUUCAGCCAUUAUGCUCCAUGGGUUCCAAAUGGAACACACCCCACCCUCGCGUCUAUCAACAACGCAACAGCGCCAGGAAAACCAAACGUGCACGGCUCCGGGGCUGUCAUCGACCUCGAUCUUCUCUUUUCCUUAACCUACCCCCAGAUGGUGACAUUAUAUCAAGUCAACGGAACGCAAGCCCAGUUCGCGACCGUGGGCGACUUUGAGUUUCUGCUGGACGCCGUAGACGGCGCCUAUUGCACUGAAGCAGAACGCAAGUCCGGGGCGGACUGCGGCACAACCAAUCUGACCAACGUCCUCUCGACAUCUUACGAAAGCUACGAACUAGCUCACACAGAAGCGGCAGCCAAGCGGGCUUGUUACGAGUACAUGAAGCUGGGGCUUAAGGGGCACUCCGUGCUGUUCUCGGGUGGUGACUACGGAGUCGCUGGAUCCGUCAUCGGCACCAAGGCGAAGCCAAGCAAUGGUUGCAUCGACGCGCAGAAUGUUACCGAUUUCACCUCCAACGGGACGGUCUUCACUACCCUGUUUCCCGCAAGCUGUCCAUUUGUUACGGUCGUCGGUGCAACGCAACUGGUAAGUCUAGUAAGCCAUCUGGCGGGUAACUGCUUACGGCUCUUCGAUCAGAACCCAGGCCAAACCGUAAACGACACCGAGAGUGCCAUGAAUAUACGGGCAGGCAGCGACCCGGGACUCUAUUCUUUCACCAGCGGGGGUGGCUUCUCCAACUACUUCCCUGUCACGGCAUACCAAGAGGAAGCAAUCAACACCUAUUUCAACACCUCCAAUCCAGGCUAUGCGACGUACGGGUACAACGGCAGCGCCAAAUCCAUUGGCGCGAACGGCGGGAGAUACAACCGACACGGCCGCGGGACCCCCGACGUGUCCGCCAACGGUGCUCAUCUAGCUACCUUCCUCACCGGCGAAUUCUUCCAGGCCGGAGCGGCCGGGACAAGCCUUUCCACCCCCAUCUUCGCCUCGAUCGUCAACCUGAUCAAUGAAGCACGCCUAGGCGCGGGGAAGGGCCUAGUAGGGUUCAUCAAUCCGGUCAUCUACGCGCAUCCCGAGGCCUUUCAUGACAUGGUGAAUGGCAGCAAUCCGGGUUGCGGCACCGCUGGAUUCAAAGCGGUCGAGGGCUGGGAUCCGAUCACUGGCUUGGGCACGCCGGACUAUCCGUCGCUGUUGAAGGUAUUCAUGGGUCUCCCAUAGAAGGGAGGGGAGACGAGCGGCGUGUUGGGUUGACGUCUUUUUUUUGGUCUAAAUUGCUAGAUAAUGUCGACUACUGCACGAAGUCACGCAGCUUGUGCUUUAGUACGUCGACACGAAGUCACUGCUCAGCGUAUCCAGUGCUACCAUGGCGCAGAGUGCUAGAACACAGUGCAACGUAUUUGGUCCCCUGACGUGCCCUUCCACCCCUUUCA